AUGACGACGAGGAUUACGACGCCGCGUGUGAUCACUGAGAUCGGGCGCGCGGUGUCCAUCCGCAGGGCGAUCAAACAGGAGCUAGGGCAGUACACGCCCGCCCCAGCAUCAGCAUCGAACGAGUUCUCGCCCACCCUGUACUCGGUCGAGGAGGCAAAGCCGGCGGCGCCUGUGCAGCGCGCGAGCUCAUUGUCGGCCUCGAACAGGCGCGUGGACCGCCCAGAGGAGGACCACUACCCGCUGCAGCCCAAUCUGCUCCGCCAGCAGCCGCCCUACUCGGCCGAGUCGCCGUCGAGGCGUCUGCCAUUGUCAGGGCGCUCGUCGGGCGACGGCCGCUUCCGCAAAGCGUCGUCAGAGUGCUCAAGCUCCGCGGGCUGCUCGCCGCCGCCAAUCUUUGCGGGCAUGCUCAGCAACGACUCGGCGGUUGCGGAGGGCUCGGAGGAUGCCUGCACAGAGCUUAAGCCCUCUCUCGAAGCGCAGACUGAAUCAAUCGUCUACACUAUCCAGAGCGUGCUGUCUGGCGUCCGCUCGCUGACGCCCUCACCGAUGCCCUCGCCGACUGUCAACGAGAACCUCACGCAGAUCAUCACGAUCGUGUCCAGCAUCGUUGCCGUCUGCCACGACAACCUAGUAGUAUUACCGACACUUUUGAGUCCACCGAUAUCCGAAACUACUGUGUUGCCAAUUAAAUGUAAAUAUAAAUAUGAAAAAAUCCUUCCUGGAAUCUUCAUACCCUGCUUCAACUUUGAGGCCCAGAAGCAGUGA